UUUACCAGGUCCCUGCGCGGGGGAACCCGGGGGUUGCUCCAGCUGCCCCCUUCCCCGGCCCGGCUCCCGCGGAGGCGCAAGGUCGCGGCCGGCGGUCCCCUGCCCGCUCGGAGCCGAGGGGGUGGCCGCGGCGGCUGUCAUCCUGUCAUCGGGCUGGGGCGGGGGCUGGAGACGAGCCGCCGCCGCCCAGGGGUCACCGUGACGCCGCCGGGGAGCGCCGGGAGCCUCGGGAUGGGCUCCGGGGCGGCGGCCGCGGGGAUCUGUCCGUUCAGCACCGGCGCGCCGGGCGCGGGGCCCGCGGCGGGGCGCCCCGGCGGGGUGGCGAGGGGCAGUCUGCGAGCGUGGGGGCCCCGCGGCCACCUGUGAGCCUCCCGCAACUGCCGCGGAGCCGCCUGGGGUCCGCCCGCCCGGCGGCACGCGCACACACACACACGCACACACACGCGCGCACACACACACGCGCACACACACGGGCGCGCACACUGGCACCCGCACCCGCAGCGGCGAUGCCAGCCGGCAGGUUGGGGAAGUUUGCCGCCGGCCUCGGCCGCGGGCCCCCGUGCCACCAGGUGUAGCGCCCCGGCGCGGCGCGGGCGGCCCCAGCAUGACCGGCCAGAGCCUGUGGGACGUGUCCGGGGCCAGCGUCGUCGAGGACGGCGAGAUCCGCGUGAACGUGGGCGGCUUCAAGCGGCGGCUGCCGUCCCGCGCGCUGCUGCGCUUCCCCGAGACGCGCCUGGGCCGCCUGCUGCUGUGCCGCUCGCGCGAGGCCGUCCUGGAGCUGUGCGACGACUACGACGAGGCCCAGCGCGAGUUCUACUUCGACCGCAACCCCGAGCUCUUCCCCUACGUGCUGCACUUCUACCACACGGGCAAGCUGCACGUCAUGGCCGAGCUGUGCGUGUUCUCCUUCAGCCAGGAGAUCGAGUACUGGGGCAUCAACGAGUUCUUCAUCGACUCCUGCUGCAGCUACAGCUACCACGGGCGCAAGGUGGAGCCCGAGCAGGAGAAGUGGGACGAGCAGAGCGACCAGGAGAGCACCACGUCCUCGCUGGACGAGAUCCUGGCCUUCUACCACGACGCCUCCAAGUUCGACGGGCAGCCGCUGGGCAACUUCCGCCGGCAGCUCUGGCUGGCGCUGGACAACCCGGGCUACUCGGUGCUCAGCCGCGUCUUCAGCGUCCUGUCCAUCCUGGUGGUCCUGGGCUCCAUCAUCACCAUGUGUCUCAACAGCCUGCCCGACUUCCAGAUCCAGGACAGCCAGGGCCAGCCCGGCGAGGACCCCCGCUUCGAGAUCGUGGAGCACUUUGGCAUCGCCUGGUUCACCUUCGAGCUGGUGGCCCGGUUCGCCGUGGCGCCCGACUUCCUCCAGUUCUUCCGCAACGCCCUGAACCUCAUCGACCUCAUGUCCAUCGUGCCCUUCUACAUCACGCUGGUGGUGAACCUGGUGGUGGAGAGCACGCCGGCCCUGGCCAACCUGGGCCGCGUGGCGCAGGUGCUGCGUCUGAUGCGCAUCUUUCGCAUCCUGAAGCUGGCCCGGCACUCCACGGGCCUCCGCUCGCUGGGCGCCACGCUCAAGUACAGCUACAAGGAGGUGGGGCUGCUCCUGCUCUACCUGUCCGUGGGCAUCUCCAUCUUCUCCGUGGUGGCCUACACCAUCGAGAAGGAGGAGAACGAGGGCCUGGCCACCAUCCCGGCCUGCUGGUGGUGGGCCACCGUCAGCAUGACCACCGUGGGCUACGGGGACGUGGUCCCCGGGAGCACGGCGGGGAAGCUGACCGCCUCCGCCUGCAUCCUGGCGGGCAUCCUGGUGGUGGUGCUGCCCAUCACCCUCAUCUUCAACAAGUUCUCCCACUUCUACCGGCGCCAGAAGCAGCUGGAGAGCGCCAUGCGCAGCUGUGACUUUGGGGACGGCAUGAAGGAGGUCCCGUCCGUCAACCUGAGGGACUACUACGCCCAUAAGGUGAAGUCACUCAUGGCAAGCCUGACAAACAUGAGCAGGAGCUCGCCGAGCGAGCUGAGUCUGGACGAUUCCCUCCACUAGGCGCCAGGGCGCGCCGGCUUGUCAUCGAGUUGUGGGGCGGCCUCAGCACCCGGCGGGCUGGUGGCCUCCAGAGUUAGGCCCGGCCCCGAAGUGGGGAGCUGCCGCGUGGGACCGGCACCCCAGGGUGCGUUUCAGCACUGCGGAUCCCUUUGAGGGAGUGGGUGUGCCUGAGCCCGCGGUGCCACGACGCCCUCGUGCGUCCACUGCUCCCCUUGGCCACGGGGCGGGGAGCGCCCGGAAUGCUGACCCCGCCGUCCGCUGUGCCCUUGGCUCUCGUGCUCGUGGUCCAGUCCUGUCUGUGAGAUGUUCGUGCUCCCAGUUUCCAGGUUGUCUCGUGAGUUCUGUACAAAAUAGUCUCCCCUACUAGUCUGUCCGGGGGCUGGCAUGCCCCGCUGAGUCUGCGAGAAUCUGAGGUGUUCACUUGCCGUCGCCGUGUGGACUCGCCAU